AUGAAUGUGCCCAAGUCUUCACUCAAUGCAUGCAAUGAUUCCUUCAUUGCUGCGGAUGGCAAUUGUAUCAAGGCUUCAACACAAUAUUUUGACGAUACUGGCCUCAUGGCUGUUCUGUGCCAUCAUGAUUGGCCCCUUUUCUUGGCAAAUAUGUGGACUGCCAGAGAGAAGCGCUUCUACACCCUCACUCUUAUAGUGGCAGUUUUUGAACAUUUACCAAAGGACUGGCAGGUUGGAUUACUUUAUGACAUCGCCUGUCAAUUACACCAUCACCUCAACAAGUGGGAUUAUGGGACCAAUUGGUUGAAACGUCUGGAAUUUGGUGUUUCCGUCUUCCAUGUGUAUGGCCAUCAAUGGGCCUGUCAACUUUGGUAUCACCCUCACAAGUCGUAUAUAUGGGGGUUGUCUGAUGGUGAAGAAUGGGCAGAUUCGGACGACUCCGGAAUGGAAUCGGAGACUUAG